UCAUCUACUACCACCCCCAACUUCCUUCUUCACAACUUAAAUGCACGUUUCCCUUCUACUUUCCUCCUCCAUUUAUUAAAUUAGGACACCAAAUCCCAACUUUUAAAUAAACCAUCUAAUUUGCUGGUUUUCUAUUUCAAUCAAAUCAAAACAAAUCUCAAGGCCUAUCAUAUAACAUAUUAAGAUUGUUUUAUUACUUUUUAAAUUUUAUGAUGAUUCGUGCGCUGUAGCAGUAUAAAAUCCUGGAACUCGCGUCACACAAUAAUUCUCCACGCACAAAAGUAUCCUCAUCUUUCAACUCUUAAGUCUUAACCCUUACUAUCACUGAACCCAAAAAUCUUUGUUUACGAUCAUUCCGAAAUAAUGCCUAAACAUCCAGUUGCCGACGCCGACGAGAAGAGCCCGUUCGGUUCACUGAGUCCGGACGAAUUCUACGCUCGUCACUCCGUCGCUCACUCCUCCGAGCACAUCACCAACUCACGCGGCUUGAAGCUCUUCACUCAGUGGUGGACCCCGCUCCCUCCCACCAAAACCAUCGGCGUCCUGUGCGUCGUCCACGGAUACACUGGUGAGUCCAGUUGGACUGUCCAGCUGUCGUCGAUUCUCUUCGCCAAAUCAGGCUUCGCCACGUGUGCUAUCGACCAUCAAGGUCACGGCUUCUCGGACGGACUCCAGGCGCACAUUCCCGACAUUAAUCCUGUCGUUGACGACGCAAUUUCGUUCUUCGAUUCCUUUCGUGCGAAACACGCGCCCGGCUUGCCGGCGUUUCUGUACGCCGAGUCACUAGGUGGGGCGAUCUCACUUUACAUCACGCUACGUCAGAAGGGCGCGUGGAGUGGUUUGGUUUUGAACGGCGCGAUGUGUGGGAUUAGCGAUAAGUUCAAGCCUCCGUGGCCGUUGGAGCAUUUCCUCUCCGUAGUGGCAUGGCUAGUCCCCACUUGGUGCGUGGUACCGACUCGCGGGACUAUAGUGGACGUGUCUUUCAAAGAGGAGUGGAAGAGGAAGCUGGCUGUGGCGAGUCCAAGGAGACCGACGACAAGGCCACGCGCGGGGACAGCGUUGGAGUUGAUACGUGUGUGCAGAGAGCUGCAAGGAAAGUUCGAGGAGGUUGAGGUGCCGUUGCUGAUAUGUCACGGCAGCGAGGACAUGGUGUGCGACCCGGCGUGUGUGGAGGAUCUGUAUAAACGCGCGUCGAGUGUGGAUAAGACAUUGAAGAUUUACCCGGGCAUGUGGCACCAGCUGGUUGGGGAGCCGGAGGAGAGCGUCGAGUUGGUUUUCGGGGAUAUGGUGGAGUGGCUUAGAACAAGAGCUCUACGCGCUGCCAAGGAGGGGUGAUGUACUUGCGCGGUGAUGUAGAUGGCGGGUCAUGGUGGUAAAACUCAAUCUGUCAAUCAUAUCAUGCCAUGUAUUCGCAUAACUAAUGCA